CCUUUCUAGUCUGUAUACAUUCGGGUGCAGUGAGUGCAGUAGUCUUUAAAAGUGGUACAUUGAUUUUCUUUUCCAAAAUGACCCGAAUGAUUGUUUUCUGAAUAUGAGGAUUAUUUAUUGUUAAUUGUUAGCAUCCCCUUGAUCGGCUGGGGUGUAACAAGGAUUGAUUAGGACUGGGGAUGAUCAGUCGUAUGUGUGACAACGAGUUUAUUAAUUGCAACAAGUGAGAAUACAUCAAUUGGGAUAGAGAUUGUUUUUUGAUAGUGAUAAGAUGAAGGGCCCGAUAUUGAAGAGCUCGAUACCGGGGCUUGUGGAAUUUCCAGCGAGAUUUAAUAAGAUACCUACGGGUGAGGGGUGGGUGGAGGGUAGAAGAGGGGUGGAUGGGGCUGAAGGGUUGUGGAGGGUCAACGAUGGAUUGUAUGAUCUCACGAAUUUUGUGGAGACACAUCCCGGGGGGUCGGAGUGGCUGACCAUCACCAAGGGAACUGAUAUCACCGAAUUGUUCGAGAGCCAUCACUUGACGGAUAAGGCUGAAAAAUUGCUGCCAAAAUUUUACAUCCGCGAUGCAGUUAAACCAAGAGCUGUACCCCUGACAUUUGAUAAGAACGGAUUUUAUAAAAAAUUGAAAGCAAGAUCGUUGGAUGCCCUGAAAAACGUUGACUUCCAUCGUCCAUCAUUGAAAUCCAAUUUACUCGCUGAUUCCCUGGCUAUUACCACUCUACUUUUGUGCGUUAUCACAGCAAUUACGCAAUCACGACUUGCACUCAUUAUCGCUGGCACAAACUUGGCUUUUACUACAAUAUCAGCGCAUAAUUACUUCCACAUGCGUGACAAUUUUCGAAUGUAUUACUGGGACAUCUCCAUGAUGUCAUCCCGCGAGUGGCGAAUCACUCAUGCUAUGAGUCAUCAUAUGUAUCCAAAUACCAUUUGGGAUUACGAGAUUUCGUCUUUUGAACCGAUUUUACAAUAUCUACCGAGCAUUGCUGCACCCAUCGCCCGAAAUACCGCAUGGCUUUACUCCCCCGUUAUCUAUUUCAUCGGUUUUUACACGCAGGCUGUGAGAAGAUAUGCUGAGGUAUUUUUUGUCAGACAGACAUUUCAAUUUCGCGAUGCUGUUCCAUUUAUUAUUCCGUCAUUAAUGUUUUUUGCAACUGGAGAUUUACCGAUAACUUUUAAAUACUGGAUGCUUAUCAUUGGCGUUGGCAGUUUUGUUUUUCACGCAAUCGGUCUCAACGGGGCACAUCAUCAUCCCGAUAUCUUCCACGAUGGCGAUAAUGCCAGGAAAGAUCGAGAUUGGGGAUUACUGGAGAUGGAUACUGUGAGAGAUCGCAAUGUAAUCGACAACUCUCAUUUUCUAACUCUAACUCAAUAUGGCCAUCACAGUCUUCAUCAUCUGAUGCCGACAAUUGAUCAUGCCUAUUUACGUCUGUGUUUACCAGCACUUGAAGAUACUUGUCGUGAAUUUGGUAUUGAUACCACGAGAUUCACCCCCUGGGAAUUGAUUAAAGGACAGUUCAGGCAAUUACGAAGAGUUGAACCUAGAACAAAUUGCAGAUAAGACUGUCGGAUUCCUCCAAGAGUCGAUUGAUAAAAAUGGAGUUAAUCUAUAGAUCGGAAAAUUUAGUGGGAUUUUUUAAAAAUUGUAUUUUCCUCCAGCAGCUUGCGCAAAAAUUCUGAAACUCCAGAAAAAUUACUGUCGAUUGAAGAAUACGUUUUUCAUGGGUUUUAUAUUUUUUUUAUGAGGCGAAUUGAGGGAUGGCUUUUUUUUUGGAGUAUCGGAAUAUUCUAGAUCUAUCGAUUGAGCGGUCGUUCGAUCCGAUACCUCGAGAUGUUAUGGAGAUAUCGAAUUUUUUGUGGAAUGCUGUGACAGCUUCAAUUAUACUCUGAUUAAUAUUCAUUUAGAUAUUCAUGGGCCUUUGUAUCUUAUCUACGAAUAUUUUUUUUCUCAACUGUAGUUACUCAAUAAAACGUAAGUGAAUCAGUA